AAACACAAGAGAAGAAGCCAACUAUCUAGUGUCAAGCAUUGUAAACAUAUUAUGUAAUAUGUAAUUUAUAAAUUAGUUUCACACCAGUUGAAUACCUCAAAAUAUAAUUUCUAACUUGAAAUUCAUGGUUUAAUUUGAAUUUCACUUAAAUUAAGUAAGUCUUAAUUAAGAUAUAAACUAUAGGCCUAUCUAUCAUUGAGUAUCCAAUGACAAUGAUAUCAUUUUUAGUUAGAGUUGGAGGAUUCCGACCGAUUAUGAGUAUGAGUCAUACUAUGAGAUAUAAUAUUUAAUAUAUAUAAUAAUAAAAUUUAAAAUGAUAUAUUGACUAUUAUUUUUGACAUGACCAUGACGAUUGCUAAUUGGACUGAUGGCUAAUAAGGUGAAGUUAAAAAAUUUUAAAGUUAUAACUAGAUACUUUGGUCAAAAAUGUAAACAUUUUUUAAAAAUAAACCAAUGGCACAGUUGAAUAGAGCUAAUUUUAAACAUAAUUAUAACACCAAAAUCAUAUUUUUAGCUGUUGUAGUUUUAAAGUUAUGAAUUUUUAAAGUACGACUUGGUUUGUCAUUUUUUAACAUAGACUGCAUCUCCACAUUCUGUGACCUCAUUCCACUGAUCGCGUCAUGCGCAAUGACUAUAUAGUUUAUAUAAGGCAAUGCAUUCCCUUAUCACUAAAAUACUGUUUAGGGUCGACUUAUUUUAAACUUUCAACUUUGGCACAUGAAUAAUUAAUAAAAGCUUUCCCUGACCAAUGGUUUAAUAGCUUUUGCACACGGCAAACUCUUAUGAAUGAAACUCUGAGAUAGUACUACAACGUAGCCGUUAUGCAAGUGGCUGUGAAUGGUUGCCAAUGACAACGUGUUGCACACGGAAAAUUCUGAUCAUUUAUAUUAUGGACUCUGCAGGGUUUUUAAAGCUCAAAUUUAAAAAUUUCCAGUUUAAAUGUCUUCAAAAUGCAUUCUGAAACACAAAAUAUAAAAUAUUUUGAUGUAUAUAGUGGUAAUAAUUAAAUAUUUCCUAAGUAUCGGCAACUUCCGCCAUUAAAAAGGGGGCGUGGCCCACGCCAUGUCGAAAUUAGGCUGAGCCACCUUAUGGUGAUAUGGGUCACUGUGACAAGUGUAACAAACGUGAGACACGACCUACAUCAAUGAAACUUGGCACAGAUAUAGAUCAAUAUCUAAUGCUCAUACAGAUUUAAUAAAAAAGGACCUUAUCUUAUUAUUUCACAAAAAAUUUUGUAUGCGAAGAUGCCUUAUAUAUACCAAAGAUUUUCAAAAUAAAGGUCGAUUGAAAAAAGCAAAAUAGCUGGCUAGAAAUGUAGGCCAAGAUGUCUUCCAAAUUAUAAGGCCGGAAACGGAACUCAAAUAUAUGUGGAAAGAACUAAUUUAAUAAUAAAUAGACACACACAUCGGAAAAUUAAAAACUCGGAUUUUUCGGCGCCGACGCCCAUUUCCGAUACAAAAAAAAUAGUAGUCUCCCUUCUUUCAUCGAAGUAUCUAUUAUAACCACAAAAUGAGUAAAUGAGGUUGAUUUUUACAACUUUAAGUUCUAUCACCAGUAAUCAACACUUUAUAUUGAUUACUGAUGCUGUAUAUGUUUUAGGUGACUCAUGAUACUGACUGAAGCUGCUCACUUUGUAGACUGUAGGUACUUCGGUAAAAAAUAUAAAAUAUUCCAUUUGUAUAGGUAUACCGAUACUUCCUUGCGCAUUCAUUCUGCGCAUAAGGAAAAAAAACGCAAAAAUUUAAAUGGCCAUUUUACAAUCGCUUCUACAGUGACCUCGGAUUUAUGCGUUUUACGUCACAGUUUCCUAUUUAUACAUUUGUUUUGUCAUCGAUUACGUUAAAUAUUUGUCUUCCGGUGACGCACAUGUCUUUAGAGCAACUUGAUUUUUCUCUGUUAUUUUGUUGUGUCACUUUGAAUAAAUCUAAUAAAAUUAGUAAAAUGUAUGAUAAAAUAUGACAGAAACUGAUUUGAUGAUUAAAAUUAUAAAAAUUCCAUUGAUUGUUGAAGUUGAAACUUGAUUUUUUUUUUUUAAUAAAGGCGAGAAUCGUAUCUAAUAUUAAUAUGCAAAAUACAAUAAAAAUAGUUAAAUAGUAAUAAGUUAAACUAAGUAAUAAAUAAACAUGAUAUUAGGCUUAGUUAAAAUAGUUUAAGACAGACAAGUCAACUGCUAUGAAUAAAUAAAAUAUGAAAUGUAAUUUUAGGAAUAAUCUUUUUAUAGUAAUAGUUAAUCUAAUUCUAUUACUACGACUACAAUGUCUACAACCACACUUACAUUUACAUGCCUAAUUAAAUAAAGUUAGUGUGUUUUUUUUAAUUUAAUAAGGUACUAAAAUUUACAUUUUUAAUAAUUGUAAAGUUAAUGUAACAUUAUAAUGCUUAGACUUCUUACUGUAUGUCUUUAUAGGCUAUACAUAUAUUAUAUUAGAAUCAGAAUAAUUGUAAGUUUAUUGAAUUAACAGUCUAGUCUAGAUAAUAUAUUUUGUAGUUAAGCCUAAAUUAUUCUAUAUAUUACUAUAACUUAUGACAGUUUUAUUAAACUACAUCAAAUUAAUAAACAAGACUUAAACAAAAACAUUGUAGUAAUUAUAUUUUUAUUAGAACAUAGAAAAGAAGUACAUAGACAAUUAUUUAAGAAGUACAUAGACAAUUAUUUAAUAUAUCAAAUAACAUUUUUUAAUGAAUUAGUCUCAUCGGCAUGGAUGAUUUUAUUUGAGUAAUUUUUAUUUAUAAUUACAUGUGUUAAAUUUUAUAUAUUAAAAAGGCUACUUACCUUUAUAGUAUAUAGUAAUUGAUUUAAAAUUCAACACAAGCAUAAUAAAAUUAGUUAAAAUUCAAUAAACAUAUUAUUUGUUCAGUUUUUCCUGUAUAAAUAAUGAUUUUCCCAAUUUUUUUGUUCACUUUUUUCUGAACAUACCCACAAAUAAAUAUUUAAAAAAAUGAAAGUCUUGAUGUUAUAUAAAAGUUUUUUUGUUUCUUGUACUGUAUAUUGCAUUGAGAAUGUCUCCUGAAAAUUUGGUAGUAUUAUCUUUUGAAAUGAAAAAGUUUUGGGCAAAAUAAGGCAGAAAUUUGGAAAGUGGGUCACACGUUUUUUCAGUUAAAUACUAAGAUAAACAAGGGGGUUUAAAAAAAUCACCAAAAAAAUCACCAAAAAAAAUCAUAACUCCACUUCUAUAAAAGAUAGAAAGAGGAAAUUGGUGCUGUAAAGCUUAUAGCUAGCCCUUUAAAAUGAUGUAUCAUUCAUGGCAAUUGGACAAUAUUUACAUUUUGUGUCAAAGUACCUAAUUUGUAUAGACUAUAGACACUAUAGAGGUAAAAAUUGAAAACAGAAUAAACUUUUUACCACUACCUUUAUUAAUUAGUGCCUUUAGUACUUUUUGAGCUAUGAAAUAAUAUAGACAUAUCAAAUAUGACAAUAUUGGGGGCAAUCAUAUUACUUUAAGUAUACAUUAAACUGUAUCAGUUUUAUCUAUUUGUCUUUUAAUAUAAAACUAUAAAAUAGCCUAUACAAAUUUUAGCCAACUUGUUCUAUUUUUACAGUAAUUAGACUUACAGAGCUUGAAAAGAAAAAGUGGGUUUAUUAUUUUGCAUAGCAUGCUAGAUUAAAUAACUACUCACUGUGAUUAUAAAUAACACACAUCUAUUUAAUUUCUUCUUAAAAGGUUCUUAUACUUCAUGUUUAAAUCUUCAUCUAUCAUCUUUUUCCUUCAGUGAGUCAAGUCAUAAUAUGGAUUUAAGCGAUGAAGAGCUUUUCAGACAAAGAAUGCAUGAAAGUUAUAGACAGUUAGCUCAGGACCUCCACGAUCGUUACAAUGAGCUUGAUUUAGUUUUAGGUCACUGGCCAUCACACACAUUUGAUUUGAUUGAUCCCUACGAGGAUUUGGAAUUACAACCUAGAGAUGGUAUGUAGCUUUAUUAUGAUUAACUACCAUUAACAACUUCCAACUAGCAACAAAAUGGGGAAAUGCAAAAUAACAAGAGCACAAAAAAAGUAGGAAAUUGGAAAUUUAGACAUAGAUUAAUUAGAAGAAAUAGUCAAAUUUGUGGAAGACCCACUAAAGACUCUAACCAAAAUCAGAAUGCAUUUUCAUGGAUAAGUAUAAUUCAUUCAGUGAGACAAAAUAAUUAAACUAAACAGCUCCUUACACUUACACUGACAUCAUAGCCAAUAACUUCAUGAUCCUACAACUUUUGAGCAUGCCACAAGACAUGGGUAAAACAUCAGGAUGUGUCUACUUCGCUUGUGAAGACUGGACCUAUUGGACAAUACAAAAGAGAUACUAAUGUGAUCCAUUGGGUGGAAAAGCAGAUGACAGCAAAUGUGAUCAGAAACAUGUUAAGAGGACAUUGAGAACGUGAUCCAGUGGCAGGAAAAGCAGACACAGCAAACAUCAUGUGGAACAUGUAAAGAGUACAAUGAGACACAAAAAACACUGCUGGUCAUCCAGUGCAUCCUUGUCUUUUCCCAGUUGUCUUGACUAAGUCUCGCCACUGGAUCAAAAUAGGCAAGAAUGAGAGAGGGAGGCUGAUGAACGGCACAACUCUCCCUCACUUUGAUCAACUUAAAGUGCAUGUCAGGAUUAUUAUCUCUAAGCAUCUAGGCUACCCUAUUUGAAAUCACCAUUGUUCACUUAACCUUAGAGAAUAAGUGCACCGCUCAUGCAAUGUUCCCUCUAAGGCUUGUUGGUUCGUGUGUGCAAAAUCAUAAAGUUGCACAUUUUUUCAGCAUCAAUUUUUUGUGUGCAAAUUUUACAGCCUACAGACACAAACACUCACUUAAGUGGAAAUUAGCUGCGCAGUACUCAAAACUGCUGCGCGGCGUCUGUGAGAUUGCUGCGCGGCCGCGCAGCUUAAAGGGAACAUUACGCUCAUGCCCAAAGAAAUCAUAUGGCACAGAAAAGCAGAAUCUACUCAAAGUCACCUAAGACCCCAAACAACGCGUGUCUCAUGUGUGGUAAAGCUUUCCAGGCACAAAUAGGACUGGCAGACCAUCUGCAUAUUCACUAUAGAAUAUACCUUUGGUGAUCUUCAUGUGCAAAGGGCCAACAACAGUUAUUCUUGUAGAGAAAUUAACCCAGGAAUAAAUUAACCCUUAAUUAAUAAAGGGCUGCAUCACAUUAACUUUACUUUCACAUAGUUUUUGUAGUUAUUUUAUUUAAACUUAAAAGUAGAAAAAUCACAAUAAUUUCAUGCUAUUAUCAUAACUUCUGGUGAUAAAAAUUUUUCAUUGUUAAAUUUUCAGCACCAUGGGAAGAGCAUUGCUCACAUGAAAAAUAUGACAGAAUAAGGAAGCCUCCACUGCUAUCUACUGAUGCUGCUUUAGUUCUUAGAGACAGGGAGUAUGGUAUAACAAGAAGGAAAAUAAGAAGUAAAAGUCUCAAUGCUCUACACUUAAAGUUUUACUCUGAACAGCUGCUGGACUAUGUGUCCAGUCUUGUUCCGCUCCUCCUCAAAGAGAAGGAAUUUAACCUGGGUACUGUAAAUAAAGUUUUUGCCUCAAAGUGGAUCAAUGAGUCUCAAGUUGUCAUGGGAACAAAAUGUAAUAAGGUAAAAAUAAUGUUUUGAGAAAAACAUAGUUCUGGGCUAAAGUUAAAAAGGGUUGUUAAUUUUUGUUAUCAGCACAUAAACUUUCUAUUACAUCAGUGUUAAUACUAAAAUUAAGUAAAAUAGAUGGGGGGAGGAGACCUCGAAUAAAUGAAAAACUGCCUUAAACAUUAUUUUAUUUAUAACUGAUAUAAAUAGCAUUUUUAAAUAGUUGCUACGGGAUGUCUUCUAAUGUGUCGCUCAUUUCCCCAUGCAGCUCCUUGUGAUGGAUGUACGAAACAACAACAUUGUACAUAUCCAGUCUCUGAAGAGCUCUACUGAAAGUGUUGCUGCUGAUUGCCCUUGCGGCAUCCAUAGUAUUGCCAUAAAUCCCUCUGGGACACUGCUAGCCACGGGUGCCCAGAACACAAACGAUGUCGCUGUGUAUGAACUCCCUACUUUUGAUCCCUUGUGUGUUGGAGAGGUAAAUAAAUAACAGUCGUUUGUUUUUUUUAACAAUCUUUCCUGUUUUCUAAACUGGAUGUGGAUCACACUGUAGAGUUGCAGUAAUAAAGGGAGCAAAGCAUUGCAAGAGGAAAUGUUGAGUUGAUUUAGACUCCAACAUGAAAUUCAUCAGAUCCACAUAAGCUGUGGUGUUUCUCAUUAAGUUCUUGAUUUCCAUUUUUAAGGAAAGAUCACUGCGGGAUCCUUACCCGUUAUCCAGCUUUAUUGGUCCGUGUUAAAACUCCAGACCGUAGUUCAGUCUCCUAUGAAGGUUGAUGAUAAAAUAAAUGAGUCAAAGGAUUAUUAUUAUGUUUUGAAAAAGGAUUGACUUCAACUCAUGUUAGAGAUGGAAUGUGUGCUUUUGCUAACAAAGAAACAAGGUCUACCCUUAGUCUAACCCUGGUUUUUAUUGAAAUCAGGAGUGUGACAGUGGCAGUUUAUUAUGUUACUCCACACCAAUGCUAAGACAACUUUCUCCCUUUGAUACAUUUCUAUAUAGUAAUGGACUAAAGACAAAUUUAGACUGAAAUAAAUUAAAGUUAUAAUUUAUAUAUAUUUUUAUAAUCAUGUCAUUUGUUUGCCUGAGUGUUUGUCUGUGUAUAUGUUCCCCAGGAUCCCAGGGCAUAGGUAUUUUAGAACCAGGAGCCCAGGGCCUAUAUAUGUUAAUAUCAGAGGCCAGGGGCAUUGAUGUUUUAGAAACAGGGUAUAGGUAUUUUAGGACCAGGAGCCCAGGGCAUAGGUAUUUUAGGACCAGAGCCAAGGGAAAAGAUAAUUCAGGACCGAGAGCCCAGGGCAUAGGUCUUUUAGGACCAGGAGCCAAGGGCAUAGGUAUUUUAGGACCAGGACCCAAGGUUUCUAAAGAGUUAAGGGUUAUUCAGCUACAACAAAAAAGUGGAACAAACUUUUCACUGUAUAUUAUUAGUAGUGAUAUACCGUCUAAUAGAGACUUCAAAAUAAAUUUUAUAAUUAUGAUUUACAACAACAAAUUUUAAAUCAAGCCCCGUGUUAAUUAUUUUUACAAAGAGUAAAAAACCUAAAAAUGAAAUAAAAACCAGCUUGUACCAUUAUAACCAACCAUGUUUUUUUUUAAAGUUCAUAUCUUAGCUGGAUUUUUUACAUUAACACAUUUCUAAACAAUUAUACCAAACCUUUAAGCGUGUUCCAUUUAUUAACAUAAGAGCACUCCAGCAAUGAUAUUUUAUAAAAAAUAAACGGAUCAUUUUUACAUUAAGCUAACACAACUGCACUAAUGUCCAAGUUUAAACUAACAAUUUUUUUAAAAGAUAUUCCUCACUUUUUUAUGUUUAUCCUGUCAUGUGAUUUAUUGUGUUCUGAAUCACCAGCAAGCUCACAAAGACUGGAUCUUUGACAUGGACUGGGUAGAUGAUGAAUAUUUGAUAACAGGUAAAUAAACUUUGUUAUGGGUUGGGUAUGAAAUUUAUACAAAAUAAUUCUUUUGAACUGGUGUGUAACUGCCAUGUGGUCAGUCUGUGGGAAAUUAGAAUUUUUUUCUUACCAAGUUGUAAUUUAAAAUAUGUUUUCAACCUAUCCAUUUGAUAUAUAAUUAUGAACAAUUGUGCUUUAAAAAGUUUGUUAAAAUUCUGUAGGAUUCCUUUAUCCUAUUAACUUUCUGCAUUAGCUGUUCAAAUUUUAAAAAAAAUUUUUCAAAGAUGUUAAUAAGAAAUAAAAAUCCCUGUUGAAAAUCUGGAGAAUUUAUUCAUUCAUCAAUUACUAACAUAAGAGAAUUUAAGUUUCUCCAUUAUUUUUGCCUGACCUCAUGUUGCCAGACGAUUACAAAAUAAUUAAAAAAGAAAUUAAGUAAUACAUCAUUUAAAACAUCGUUCUCCGAUGACCUAUUUUGCAUUGACAGGCUCAAGAGACAGCUCUUUGGCAUUGUGGUGUGUUGGCAAUCAGUGUCUUUCUUCCAAGUCAGUCGGAGAGCUGAAAGACCAUGGGCAUCAUGUGAUACUUCCUUAUUCAACAAAAAUCUGCAGCAAUGCACUUCGGGUCAGAGCUUUGUCGCUCAUGAGAAACAGACAGGUUUGUCAUGUCCAAAAGUUUUCACUGGUUUUUAAUAUCUUAUAAUCAAACACAUGGCAGUAUUUUUUUUCAGCCCCAACUGCAUAUCACAGGAGCAAAUGGCUGGAUCUCUUUAAGGGGGGAGUGCACUGUUGUCUUGCUGCUUAAAAGAUUCUGAGAAGUGAUAUACAUGGGCAUUGGGGGUUUGAUGGGGUUCUCAGUGGCAGACACUUAAAGCUUAAUUUAGAUGUAAGGUUAACCCUUAAAAAUGGACUUGGGUGUCUUUUUUAGUGUCUUAACAUACCCCCCCCCCUUUUUCCCCAUUUCUCUCCAGCUUUUCCCCCAAAUUGUUUAAUUCAUUGGGACUUUCAUCUUGAUUUGGUCAUUAUGUCCUUUCGAUACAUCUGAUGUUGAUAUAUUUUCCAAAUGCCGUUGUACCAACUUAUUCACAGCUUUUUGCAACAGAGACUUUUCAGGGUCUCUUAAACAACUGCAAAUUAUAAGAAAAAGCUUUCUUCCAGUUCUUAGAGAGAAUUAUGACUUGUGUUUAGGCUUUAAGAUAAACUUAAAAUAAUAAAUUUAGUUGAUAAUAUAUAUAUAUAUUUUACAUUCUUUCAGAUUAUGGGUGUUCUGUCAAUGAAUGCAAAAUUUCACUUCUGGGAUGUUGUGACUUUUCAGCAGGUAGGUGAUACUGUGUGCUAUGGCGUCCUUUACUUUACAUUUUGUAAGCAUCUUUGAAACAAAUAGUUAUGUUUUAUAAAUACUCGUCUUUGUUAAAAUAAAGCCUUUUCGUGACCUUGGGGUAAUCACUAGUUUUGAGCCAAUUAUUGCAGACGGUGCAAAAGGACACAUUUUUUUAUUUCUCACCCUAACCCAUCAUGCUGCGGAUCACCAAGGAAUGAAUCACCUGAUAGAUUGGCUUAGGAAUGAAGUAAAUUACAAAAUAUUGAUGAUGGUAGCAUUUCCAACGAAAACAUUGAAUGAUUAACGCUAUCUUUAAGAGGAAAAUGAAAGGGCUCAACCCUGUUAAACCUAAGACAUAUGUGAGGGUGCAGCAAUUUGGGAUAUUUCAGGGCCCCCAUGGCCCAACUUUUCAUGAACCAAGGAACACAUUGGAUUACUGAUGAAUUAGACUUCAUCGGUAAAUACUAAGUCGCAUUGUAAACAGUUUAGUGGCUAUGGAAGACUCUAUGAGCCCAUGGUUAUUGUCACUCUAUGAGACCAUGGUUUAUGUCACUAUAUGAGACCAUGGUUUAUGUCACUCUAUAAGAGCAUGGUUUAUGUCACUCUAUGAGAGCAUGGUUUAUGUAACUCUAUGAGAACAUGGUUAUUGUCACUCUAUAAGACCAUGGUUUAUGUCACUCUAUGAGACCAUGGUUUAUGUCACUCUAUGAGAGCAUGGUUUAUGUCACUCUAUAGGACCAUGGUUUAUGUCACUCUAUUAGACCAUGGUUUAUGUCACUCUAUUAGACCAUGGUUUAUGUCACUCUAUUAGACCAUGGUUUAUGUCACUCUAUUAGACCAUGGUUUAUGUCACUCUAUUAGACCAUGGUUUAUGUCACUCUAUAGGACCAUGGUUUAUGUCACUCUAUUAGACCAUGGUUUAUGUCACUCUAUAAGACCAUGGUUUAUGUCACUCUAUGAGACCAUGGUUUAUGUCACUCUAUUAGACCAUGGUUUAUGUCACUCUAUUAGACCAUGGUUUAUGUCACUCUAUUAGACCAUGGUUUAUGUCACUCUAUAGGACCAUGGUUUAUGUCACUCUAUUAGACCAUGGUUUAUGUCACUCUAUAAGACCAUGGUUUAUGUCACUCUAUGAGACCAUGGUUUAUGUCACUCUAUUAGACCAUGGUUUAUGUCACUCUAUUAGACCAUGGUUUAUGUCACUCUAUUAGACCAUGGUUUAUGUCACUCUAUAGGACCAUGGUUUAUGUCACUCUAUUAGACCAUGGUUUAUGUCACUCUAUUAGACCAUGGUUUAUGUCACUCUAUUAGACCAUGGUUUAUGUCACUCUAUUAGACCAUGGUUUAUGUCACUCUAUUAGACCAUGGUUUAUGUCACUCUAUAGGACCAUGGUUUAUGUCACUCUAUUAGACCAUGGUUUAUGUCACUCUAUUAGACCAUGGUUUAUGUCACUCUAUAGGACAAUGGUUUAUGUCACUCUAUUAGACAAUGGUUUAUGUCACUCUAUAGGACCAUGGUUUAUGUCACUCUAUUAGACCAUGGUUUAUGUCACUCUAUGAGACCAUGGUUUAUGUCACUCUAUAGGACCAUGGUUUAUGUCACUCUAUAGGACCAUGGUUUAUGUCACUCUAUAGGACCAUGGUUUAUGUCACUCUAUAGGACCAUGGUUUAUGUCACUCUAUUAGACCAUGGUUUAUGUCACUCUAUUAGACCAUUGUUUAUGUCACUCUAUUAGACCAUGGUUUAUGUCACUCUAUUAGACCAUGGUUUAUGUCACUCUAUUAGACCAUGGUUUAUGUCACUCUAUUAGACCAUGGUUUAUGUCACUCUAUUAGACCAUGGUUUAUGUCACUCUAUAGGACAAUGGUUUAUGUCACGCUAUGAGACCAUUGUUUAUGUCACUCUAUGAGACCAUGGUUUAUGUCACUCUAUGAGACCAUGGUUUAUGUCACUCUAUGAGACCAUGGUUUAUGUCACUCUAUGAGACCAUGGUUUAUGUCACUCUAUGAGACCAUGGUUUAUGUCACUCUAUUAGACCAUGGUUUAUGUCACUCUAUUAGACCAUGGUUUAUGUCACUCUAUAGGACCAUGGUUUAUGUCACUCUAUGAGACCAUGGUUUAUGUCACUCUAUGAGACCAUGGUUUAUGUCACUCUAUAGGACCAUGGUUUAUGUCACUCUAUGAGACCAUGGUUUAUGUCACUCUAUUAGACCAUGGUUUAUGUCACUCUAUAGGACCAUGGUUUAUGUCACUCUAUAAGACCAUGGUUUAUGUCACUCUAUUAGACCAUGGUUUAUGUCACUCUAUAGGACCAUGGUUUAUGUCACUCUAUGAGACCAUGGUUUAUGUCACUCUAUAGGACCAUGGUUUAUGUCACUCUAUUAGACCAUGGUUUAUGUCACUCUAUUAGACCAUGGUUUAUGUCACUCUAUUAGACCAUGGUUUAUGUCACUCUAUGAGACCAUGGUUUAUGUCACUCUAUAGGACAAUGGUUAAUGUCACAGUGAAUUGUAUUUAUGUCCAAGCUGUUUUUUUAUAACACAAGAAACAAGUUAAUGCUUUAAAAUUUCAUAAAAUUGACUUUAUUUUACACUAGCUUGAUUUCUCGAAUGGCAUCAAAAAAAAAAGUUUUUGCUUCAUAUUAUUUCAGUUUCUAAAUGACAUAUAUUUUCACACGUUGCAGCUAGAAACCAUCAAUUUACAUUCAAAGAGAGAAAAUGUCUGUGUGGCAAGCUCGGAGGAAAGGGGACUUUUUGCAGUAGGCUCACAAUCACACGUUACCUUAAUAGAUCAGAGGGCACAAGGCGAAGUUAAGUGCCAGGCUAUAAAAUUAUACCAUCCACAAGGUUUGUGUGGUGUUUAAUAAAAAAAAAAAUUAUAUCUAGUUUUUGAUUUUGAGAGACCAUGACCAAGUUUCUCCACUACAAAAAUAGUUUUGUAGUCGGGGUCAUUUAUUUUUAAAUGGCUCUUUGUUAGUUUUAAGUUUUAAUUCACUUUGCUUGCUGACUGUAUGAACAAUGGCUAGCAUGAAGUUAAAUUUGUAUUUUAUUUGAAAUAUUAGCUCUGCUAAAAAUAUUGUCACAUAUCUAGUUUAGGCUUUCAAAAUCUUUAACAAUUUUAUUUUAUUAUGCGGGACUUAAAUUUGAAGCCAAAUGAUUCCUUGAAUGAAAAUGAACUUGUCUUGUUCAUUGCCAGGUGUUAGAUCUUUAAGCUUCAAUCGCAGCAUCAUAACCAUUGGCACCGGUCGAGAAGGACUUCGGUUCUAUGACACAAGAAUGUCGAGAUUCAUCUGUGAUAAAACUGGUCGAAAGUGGCUAGACUAUAAGGUUGGGGAUGGCUGGUUGGUGAGUCAAAUAUUUACUAUAGAACUUACAUUGUUUUUUUUUCCCGCACAACUUAACGGCCAUUUACUAUUGACAGUUCACUUGUUGACCUUUACUUUGGCAAUCAAUACAAUGCCUGUGCCACAUCUUGAAAUCAUCAUGUAACACAUCAAAAAAAAAAAAAAGGUAGCAUCCGAGCAACUUGUUUUUGUAACAUAUUUAGUUUUGUCUUGAUUAGGUUGAUGUUGUUUGGGGAUUUGAUAACAGGUUCUUACCUGCCUUUAUAAUGAUGAUUAAUGAGAAAUUUUUUAGUAAAAUGGAGUACAGUUAAAGAAAAAAAUAAGUUACAAUUCAUUGAUGAGUGUUAUACAAACAAGGAAAUGAAGUAUACCUAAAUAUUCUUACUUGAAUAAUAUUACUUGCAGUGCAAGGAUGACAGCUACAGACAACACUUUGAUGGUUACAAAUACCCCAACGCUGUCUACACCCACUGCUAUGAUGAGUACAAAGGACGGCUGUUUGUGGCUGGAGGUCCCCUGCCUGCUGGAUUGUACGGGAACUAUGCAGGGUUGUUUCACUGAUCACAAUUAUUGUGUGGCAUGCAUCUUUUUUUUUUAUUAGUAUUGUUUCCAUUACUAUGGAUGAUCUCAAAACUCCUAGGGGAAAACUGUUUUGAUAUCCUUAAGAACGAGAAAGAAAGGUGACGUUGUUUAAGGCUUUUAAAAUCUCUAACGUAUUUUUGUCUUCUAAAUCAAAUUUUUCUCUUUUGACCAUAGAUUAGAAUGUCAAGGCAAGGGACUACCACCCCAAUCCACCACCACCACCACACACCUAUUUUUUUUUGUAAACCUUUUUAUUAUAUGAGACUAGUUGUGAAUCAUUCUUUAUCAUGUCCCUCAGCCGGGGAAACUAAGAGCUGUUCCCCACCAUUGCUCUUUAUUUAGAUAAAAUAACCAAGUUAAAGUUAUAUUGAGCUUGGUUCUUAUAUAUAUAUUUUUUUUUUUUUAAACAACUACUGUAAUGAUUAUGUCUGUGUGUUGAGAAAUUUUGUUUCAUCUGUUCUUGCUUGUAUAUCAAAUUUAUUUUUUUGAGAAUGCUCAGUAUUUACAUAAAGAAAAAUUUGUAUGACAUAGAACCCAGAGUUGAACACUGAGAGAGAGGCAAUGCUUUACAUUUUUCUAAACACUCAGUAUUAUACUUUGAGCAAUACAAUUUGUUUUUUAAAAACAUAAUGUGGGGUUAAUAACAGCUUGAUAAUUUAUCCUGAGCUUUAUCGCCUCUCCCUGGCCUUGAACAAAUGAUAUAAUGAAGUCGCUGGGUUUGCCUCAUGCUAAUAAUGAAGUCGCUGGGCUCACCUCAUGCUAAUUCCCUUGUGAUCCAGAAAUAGUUGGUUUCGUGUCUCGGUGAUGAAAAGUUUGUUGUUUGGCUUCAUUUUUCUCCUCCUCCAUUGUGAGUCACAGCAGAGCUGUGAUACCAUCAACUAUUUUUUUAAUUGCUUUCUUGUACACUUUUUGAAAAAGAAAAAAAAAAGAGAGAGAGAGAGAGAGAGAGAGAUGAGUUUUAAACAUUGUUUUAUAAGAAUUUAUUUCAUGUAUUAAUUAGGAUAUAUAUUUUGCAUACUAGUUCACAGUGCAAUUAUUUUACAUUAAAAAGAAAAAGGGGUUUUGGUACAAUGUGUACUGCCUGCUGUUAUUUUAGUUAUUGCUUUAAGAGAAUCCAAGUAUUAAAUGUUAAAUUUAUUGAGACUGCUUGUUUGCUAUCUGUUCGUUUUGAAAUAACUUAUGUGCCAUUAAGAUAACUUUGUAUUUUUUCCCCUGAUGGGCACAGUCCAUUCUUGGCAUUUGACCAUUUCAAGAGAUUCUAAAAAUCCAAUGCUCAAUCCAGGAUCUUUGAUGUGUCAGUAGGCGGUAGUUUACAUAAGGGGCUGUCGCACAAGUCUAGCCCGCCAAGGUCUAACAGUGAAGUUGUUGAUGGUUGAGAUAUCUUUGUUUUAUCCUCCUGUAGAUAUCUUUACGAUACUCUAGCUGAUUUUGAUUUUAAUUUGUGAUGCCAGAUUUUUUAAUUUUAACUUUCUUUUUGAAGGGACAAAUCUUGCUUUUUUACAACUGUCAAAAGUUAAGGCUUUCUUAAAAUUUUUCUCCUCAUAGGAUUUUGUAGCAUUUAAAUCAUUCGUGUACUCAACCUACUUUCAGCAAGAUGUACCUAAUUUUUGACAAAAGGAAAAAAAACUGUUUAUAAAAUAAUGUGUAUAAAAGUAGUCUAUUAAAGAAAAAAAAAUUAAUGUUUAUUUUAAAAUAUGGUUCAUAAAUGUUUAUUUUUUUUAAAUUCAAAUAAAUUUUUAAAUUUUCAAUCUUAAUUUUUAAUAGCAUUCCAUAUCAGUUGUAAACUAGUAUUGUGCCUUGAAAUAUCUGAAAUUCGACCACUUCGACUUCAUCAAAGUGUAAGAUGUUUUGGACUUUUUACAGAGUUACUGGCCCUUGGUUAACUCCCUCGUUUUAAAAAUAAACCAGCCAUAAUAAAAAUGCAUUUUUCAACUAACUCUUGAUUUUGAAAAGCUAUGUCAGCUUCGGCUGCUCAUGCCUUUUUAAUUGAAGAUUUUUUGCAGACCCAAACUAACACUGGAAAAUUUAGAUCAUGCGUCACAAGGAGAAAUAUCCCGGUACACAUAUCAGUAAGCACACACCUUUUUCUUUUUUUGUUUUGUUGUUGUUGUAAGGAGCAAAAGUAAUUUUUCAAAAAUGAGUUUAUUUAAACAUUAUUAUGCAUUCACAGACCAAUAACUAGCAACAGUAUUUACUCAUGAUGAACCAGAAAUGUGUUGUUGUUUUGUGUGUGCGCUGUGAUUGCUUAUCUCUAGAGGGGAGCCAUCAAUGCUUGGGACUAGGCCUUAGACUGAACCUCUCCCGCACAAUGUGCUCAAUGACUGCUUCAUAAUACAAUGUACAUUUUUUUUUGGUUGGAUUGUAUUCAUAGCCGGAUUGUUCCCGAGGACAGACUCAUGCAAUUUGUCUGUGUAUUAAUGUUUGGUGUAUAUGGAGCAUAUGUUCUUUCUUCUGUUGUUUAUACUUUGUCUCAUCUACUGCUAUAAGUGGUUACAUGUAUAUCUAUCAAGGAUCGAUUCACAUAAGUCGAAGACAUAAGGGUAUCUUGACUUGAUUCCCAGUGUCAUUAAAAUACACAAUUGUUACCAAAAAGGAAAUAAAACUGUCAUCGCAAAUAAUAAUAUUCUCUAACUGUAAAUUUCUCAGAAGUUGGCACCAAUUGGGAUUCUUAUAAAGUGCGUAACUUUAGUCCAUACAAACAGCCAGCUUCCGCUCUAAUUCUGUAAGAUGUCUCAUUUGUUAUAUAGACCUAUUAAAAUUCUUGUAUGAUGAUGUUAUGUGAUCACAAAUGUUUAUUUCCAUGUGGG